UCCGAGAGCACUUCAAUCGUUAGUCACUCCAGACCCCUGCUGCUGCUGAUCUAGCUUGAGAGCACAGUUGUUUCUACAACCGAAGCACUCUUGUUGGGCUGCUCAUGGCUAGGUAAUCUCCUGUCCUCAAGCAGAACUCUGGACCUGUUACCUAGGUGCUCUGAAUAGACAGACAUGGGAAACUGCUGCUCGCAAGGGAAAGGCGGGGAAGUGGAGUUCCCUGACGUCCCCGAGUCGGUAAAGCACGUUUUUAAAGAGUUUGCGGAUGAAAAUGGCGUCAUCACGAGCAAGGCGCUGCUCAAGUUCUUCCAGGAGUACCAGCAGGACAAGGGAGUGCUCCAUGGACCCAUCGCGAACCUUCUCCUCUCCUUCCCGAGCACGGGCGGCAAUGACGAGGCGGCAGUGGCGCCGGCGCCCAAGGAGCGGAUGUACCGGAGUAUGACGUUCAAGGGACAGGGCAGCAAGCUGUCGCAGGCGAUGGGGAAAGUGUCGCACACCGUCGGCAGCAAGGCCAAGGUCGUCGCAGGGGGGCCCAACGAGGACCGCUUCUUUCACCUGCUCAUGAACCCCACUGCGACGGCGCCUAUCAUCGCUCGUGUGUCGCAUGACAUGAAGCAGCCCAUGUCGCACUACUUCAUCUUCACGGGGCACAACUCGUACCUGAGUGGUAACCAGCUCACCAGCGACAGCAGUGUCAAGCCCAUCAUCAAGGCGCUACAACGCGGCGUACGCGUUAUAGAGCUGGAUCUGUGGCCAAACAACGAGAAGACGGACAUCGUCGUCAUGCACGGCGGCACGCUGACGAAGCCGGUGGGCUUCGACGACUGCAUCAAGGCCAUUAAGGAGCACGCGUUCGUCGCCUCCGAGUACCCCGUUAUUAUCACACUCGAGGACCACCUCACCGCGCCGCUUCAAGCCAAAGCGGCCCAGUCCCUGACGGCCAUCCUGGGCGACACGCUCUACUGCCCCAAGGACGGCGACGACGCCAAGGAGUUCCCGUCGCCCUUCUCGCUGCGCGGCAAGAUAUUAAUCUCCACGCAGCCGCCCAAGGGCCCCAAGGAACUCUCCACCGUCGUCGCCACAGAGGACCCGGCCGAGGAGAAGCUGGACGCGCGGCCCGCGGAGGGGGAAGCGGUAGCGGGCGCGGGAGCGGGAGGGGAUGGGGUGACGGCGGUGGGGAGUGAGGAGCGGCGGGCGAAGGCGAAGGUGCUGGGGCUGGGGGAGGUGGAGAAGGUCCGCGCCAAGGUGGAGAAGGAACGCGAGGCGGCGAACGCUGCUGUGAAGGAAGGGAGACUGCACGAGGUCAACGAGUCAGAGUUAUUGGAGGAGGCGGGCGCCUGGGAGCAGGAGGACGCAGCAGCAGUGGAGCCGGAGCAGCUGGCCCCCGAGUACCGGCGGCUGAUCGCCAUUCCGGGCGGCAAGCUGACGGGCGGGCAGACGGUGGAGGACGGGCUGCGGGACACCGGGGAGGGGCCGCCCAAGCGAGUGAGCUUCAGCGAGUCGCAGCUGCUCAACACGGCCAAGACGUGCCCCAAGGGGCUCGUGAGCUUCACUCAGCGCAACUUGCUGCGCAUCUACCCCUUUGGGCUGAGGGUGACGUCAUCAAACUAUGAGCCCAUGCCCGCAUGGCUGCAUGGCGCGCAGAUGGUGGCAAUGAACAUGCAGGGCUACGGCCGGCCUCUGUGGAUCGUGCACGGCUUUUUCAGCGCCAAUGGCGGCUGUGGUUUUGUCAAGAAGCCCGAUUUCUACCUCAAGCCCGGCAAUAGGUUGGAGGGCAUUCAGGAGGGCGACGAGAGCGCGGCUGGAAGCACAGAGGGGGCCUUUGACCCCUCUGUUCCUCGACCCAUCCAGAUGUUCCUCCGGGUGCGCAUAGUUGUUGGCACGGGGUGGCUGGAGCGGUUUGGGAAGGGUCACUUUGACACCUACUCCAAGCCAGAUUUCUACUGCAAGGUGAGCAUUGAGGGUGCACCAUCGGACGCAACAGAGAAGAAGCUGGAUGUGUGCAACGACACUUGGUGCCCCUCAUGGGACAGCGUCACCUUGGAGUUCCCCCUCAUACUGCCCGAACUCGCCUUGCUCUGCAUUGAGGUGCUAGAGAAAGACCAGUUUCAAGACGAUUUUGGAGGGCAGGCGGUGCUGCCAGUGGCAUCACUCAAGCCAGGUUUCCGCUGUGUGUCGCUGUAUGAUCGGAAGGGGCACCCUCUGGUGGAGGUUGGUGGGGAGGAGGUUGUGGGGCCGCGGCUGCUGUGUCAUUUUGAAAUGGGAUCUCCUUUUGAAGACAAGGACAAGGAGGAAGAGCAGGUGGAAGAGUUUCCACGCGUCGCUCAAAAAAGUGCAGGUGGCAGUUAUGAGGUCUGAUGUGAUCUUGGCAACAGUAAGCUGCUGAAUAGGGGCAGUAAGAGUAUUUAAGUAGUAUGGUAGAUGCCUCAAGUAGAUCAGAUUCAAGAGGAAGCACAAGGUGGAGCUUCUGUCACAUGCGUUGCUUUGUCUACACCUUCAGGAUGCAGUCGACAUGGUAGGAUUGCUAAUGAGCGUGUUUGGGCUGCCACAAUGAAUCUCAGCUUUAAUAGGAAGCAUGAAGGUAGAGCUUGUCUACAUAUGCAAUGCUUGUCUACACC